AUGCCCCCACGCACAUAUCUCCUCUCCCGCACCCUCGAUCCCGUCCUCGGCGCAUUCACAGGUGUCUUUGCCUACUACCUCAACGAGACAAACCCCCGCACAGCACCCCCUCCCGGCCACACCCUGAAGGAACUCGUGUCCUGGCGCUGGACCGAGUCCAAGCAAUUGAGAGAGGCCAGGGAGAAGGAGGAGCUGGAAGAGUGGGAGAAGGUGACUAGGCAGCUGGGAGUGGUCACGGAACCGGCAGCGACACAGGCGGUGGACGCAAAGAUAUAG